AUAUUCCGAUUGACGGAACCAAUAAGACAGAAAAAUAUUAAUAUAUGCGUGUUUCAUGUGUCUGUUUUUGUUUUUGUUUGUGUAUGUGAUAGUCAUAUUAAGUAUUUGUUGAUAAUUAAAAAGUAAGACACAGGAGAGAUGAAGAGGGUAUGUGUAACAGGAGCAGGAGGAUAUAUUGGCUCAUGGGUUGUGAAGCUUUUGCUUUCCAAAGGAUAUAUGGUCCAUGGAACUGUCAGAGACCCAUGUGAUGAGACAAAGAAUGGUCAUUUGAAGAAGUUGGAGAAUGCUGAAGAGAGGCUUCAUCUUUUCAAGGCAGAUUUGUUGGACUUUGAAAGCCUUUGUGCCGCCUUUGCUGGUUGCUCUGGAGUUCUUCAUGUUGCCUCCCCUGUUCCGGGUAGAAAUGUAACUAAUCCCCAGGUGGAACUGCUGGAUCCUGCAUUAUUAGGAACACAAAAUGUAUUAAACGCGUGUUUGAAAGCUAAAGUCGAAAAGGUUGUGGUUGUCUCUUCCGGAUCUGCUGUUAUGGUGAAUCCCGAUAGGGCCUCAGACAUGGAACUGGAUGAAAGCUGUUGGACCGACAUAGAAUACGCGAAAUCAGUCCAACAUUGGUAUGCUGUAUCAAAGACAACAGCAGAGAUCGAAGCUCUAAAUUUUGCAAAACGAUAUGACGUGAAAGUGGUAACGAUAUGUCCAUCCAUAGUCAUUGGGCCAAUGUUGCAGUCCACCAUUAAUGCUACUAGCUUACUACUUCUGAGCUACAUGAAAGAGGAUGGUAGAUCGGGAGGGGACACGAUGGAGAACCUUAGACGUCCAUACACAGAUGUACGCGAUUUAUCAGAGGCUAUAUUACUUUUAUAUGAAAAUCCGGAAUCCAACAGGAGAUAUAUAUGUUGUGCUUACUCAAUUAGGACAGAGGAAUUUGUUGCAAGAAUGCAGAACUUGUUUCCAGGCUACAAUUAUCCCAAACUGUUUACUGAGAAGAGUGGUUUUAAUCCACUGAACUCGAAGAAGUUGUUGAAAUUGGGAUGGAACUAUAGGCCAUUGGAAGACACCAUAGUUGACACCGUCAAGAAUUAUGAAGAAACUGGUUUAUUGGAGAAAGAGAAACCAUUUCCAUCUACAAUAAGGUUCUAAUACCAUUAUGUAUGGUAAAAGAAUGAAGUUGUCGACUUCUUUACAUAAAGUGUUGUGUGUGUGUGUUUUUUUUUAAUUUCCAUUUUUUCAGGAAUUUUGAAAAAAUGUGUUUUUUUUAACACAAUAUGUAGUGGUAACAAUUUAUAAUGCCUUCACCAUGGGGCAUUAUCCGACACGUAA